GGGCAAUACAGUCAAUUCCGACACAAGAAGCAAUAAUAUCUAAUAAGCCCAACUUUGUCUUGGUUCUUACAAAUUCAUAGGUGGAUAUAAAUGGUAGUCUUAUCCAUUUCCUUAUAACCAAACAAAAAAAUGUAAAUAAAAAAGAAAAAGAAAAAAACAUCUCAUUCUUCAACCUUAGGGAGAAAUGGCUGAAACUCUCACUUCCCUAACACUUCUGCAGCCUUGCAUCAAGCAAAGUUCUCAACAAACAACUAAGGCUCAAUUCACCUCACUUUCUAAAUCAAUUAGGCAGAGCUCAAGUUCAAGGUUUUACAAGAUUAAAGAUGAAAGAAGAAGAUCGUUGGUUCGUGCGAACGCGUUGCCCGAUUGGCCGUUGAUGGCAGUUAUGGUUGAACACAUGGAAGGGCAAAGAGACCUCAUCACACACAAGUCAAUUUGGCAUCUCAGUGAUCAAGCCAUUAAGAAUGUUUAUACAUUCUACAUAAUGUUUACUGUGUGGGGGUGCUGUUUCUUUGGCUCCACAAAGGAUCCAUUCUAUGAUUCAGAAGGAUAUAGAGGAGAUGGUGGAGAUGGAACUGGACAUUGGAUUUAUGAAAAGCAAGAAGACAUGGAGGAAUUAGCAAGAGCAGAGCUGUGGAGGGAAGAGUUGAUUGAAGAGAUUGAGCAAAAAGUUGGGGGAUUAAGAGAAUUGGAAGAAGCUGGCAAAAAAGAAGAGCUUGUUAAAUAAUUCUUCUAGUAAAUCAAGUUUAUACAAAUAAUAUUUAUUGGACUUUGAGAUUUGUAAAAUUUAUACUACUGAUUAAGUUGGAUUAACUUAUGUACUUCUCAAGUUUUUUUUAAUUAUUUAGACAUUAAAAUCA